AUGUCAAAACUCUCUUCCGAAGACCUUCAUCAGGAUGCCCUUCGGGAACCCCCAUUGCAUUACUCGUCACUCCGAAUGCUCGGUACAUCUUGUAGACCCAUCGAUGAGUCUGGCGACUGCUUUUCUGGCAUGGCAAAUGGUCGACGGGCCCUGCAACAGCAGGCCUCAACCAGCGUCUCAGAACACGACCUCGUCUCGCCAUAUCAUGUGCAAGUGAAGUUUCUCAACGGAGGUUCUGGCAAAAAGUCACGCUCUCAGAUGGGCCAGGCGACAGAGUGUGGUUUGGUACAGGGCAAGAAUCAGCCAAAGAAACCAAAUUUUGAUGCAGACAAAUCGGUGCGAGCCAGCCAGUCUGACUCUAUUUCGUCCCGCCGUAGACACACUCCCAACGACGGACGCAAACGGGCAAGCAAAGGUGAUGGUAGGGAGGCGGGAAAUGAACGACUGUUCGUUCCACGACCCCACGAAGUCCGAAUGGCCCAGUUGGAAGGUGCAUCCAACCCAUCACAACGCCCGUCUGGACUUGAUUCCACACGAUCCGAGGCUCUCUCACCAGUAGCCAUUGUACCUACCCCCGUUCCGGUCGACGUCAGCCUGACAAACGGUAGUCAUGAGCGCAUCUUGUAUGCCCAUUCUCGGCCACAUGACUUCCCGGGGCCUGAUGAACUGGAGUCUGAGUCACCUCAAACACAACCAAGCAGCAGCGAAGAUAUUGAGAUAGAUUUUUGGCCCGAGGGAACAGAUUCU